AUGACAGUCACUAAUAAAACAGAAUACAGCAAACUUUUGGAACUGGUAUCUAUAAACGAAGCCGAUUCUUCAGAUUCUUCCACAUCAGACUCAAAUGAAUAUUUGAAACCAUCGAUUAUAUUAAAUAGACGGUAUUCAUACCUACAAGAUUUGGAGGAUCUUCCACAAGGACGUCAUUUGGGACUAUUUUCAACUAUUGUUUUAUUUGUGAGUCGAAUCUUAGGAAGUGGGAUAUUUAGUAUCACCAGUGGUAUCUACCAGGAUUGCGGGCAAUCUGUUUUCUUAUUUUUCAGUGCAUGGUUUGUUGCUGGUGUUGCUUCAUUUGGGGGAUUGUAUGUUUUUUUAGAAAUGGGAUCAUUGGUUCCACGAAGUGGUGGUGCCAAAGUAUUCUUGGAAUUUAUAUAUCCAUAUCCUAAAUUACUUGCCACAGUGGCAUUUCUGGUUUAUUCAAUACUAGUUGGAUUUACUAUAUCGAACGUAUUAGUCUUUGGUGAAUACGUAGUACAUGCAUUUGGGAUCGAGGGUUCAGAUUUUAAGACAAGAACCGUCGGUUUGAUAUUUUUGUAUUUGGCAGCAUUGCUCCACGGUGUUAGUGUUUCCCAUGGCAUAAGAAUCCAAAAUAUUCUUGGUGGUUUAAAAUUGGGACUAGUUGCCAUCAUUGUCUUUUCUGGAAUCUAUGCCGUUGCAUUUCCUACGUCCAUCACUGGUAUUGAACAUCAACUUGAAUGGGAUAGUGUUUUUAAAGUACGAUCCAGUGUAAGUAUUCUGACGUUUGCAUCUGCUGUGAUCAAAGCCACCUAUGCGUUUUCUGGUUGGAAUUCAGUACAUACUGUUUCAAACGAGAUUAAAGAUCCUGUUCGUACAUUCAAAAUUGCUGGUCCAGUAUCAUUGGGGAUCAUGGCAGUAACUUAUCUUAUUGCAAACCUUGCAUAUCUCACGGUAAUACCAAGUGAAGAAUUGGCUAAUGGAAGCACGCUUGCUGGUUCACUUUUGUUUUCCAGAAUUUUUGGUAGUUUCAUCGGUCAACGAUUAUUGACAUUAGCAAUUGCACUUUCUGCAGCUGGUAAUAUAUUUGUUGUUCUUUACACCAUUUCUAGAAACGAUCAAGAGGUAUUUCGUGAAGGGUAUCUACCAUUUUCAAAAUUUAUGUCUAGUAACUGGCCCUUCGGUGCGCCUUUGAGAGCUUUGGUUUUGAGUUGUAGUAUUACUACCACAAUUAUGGUUGCAUUUCCACGUGGUGAUAUCUACAGUUACAUUAUUUCUUUAGAAGGGUAUCCUAACCAAUUAGUACUUGGAUUGGUUGCUGCUGGUAUAUUUAUCAUUAGAAGAAGAUACCCCGAAUUAAAUGCCCCGAUAAGAGCUGGCAUUAUUGGGACUAUUUCAGUAAUGUGCAUUAGUUUGUAUUUGUUGGUUGGUCCUUUUGUAUCUUCUACGAGUCCUAAUCCAAAAGGUUUAGAGAGUUGGCCAAACUACGGUUUGAUUGGUAUUUUAUUGAUUACUUCAUGUAUUGGGUUUUGGUAUAUCAAUUUUAGAAUCUUACCCUGGAUGGGUGGUUAUGAAUUAAUUUCAGAAGAAGAGAAACUAGGUGAUGGGUUAACUAUAAAACAAUGGAAACGGGUAUAUAGCUAA